AUGAACAUCAAGAGAACAGUCAAAGACAUAGACACCACCAUUAAAGAAAUGGACAAGCAGUACGAUGCAAACUUUGAGGAGUGGGUGAGGAGCGAGGAGAACAUUGAUAUCCUCUCGGUGAACUUAAAAAAGUACUUGAGCGAGUACACAGAGAGCACAUACGCAGAGGUUCUCAAGUGGAUCACAGAGGACUGGGCCAUUCCGUCAAAGGUCCUUCUGAUGAAGAAGAUUCUCCUCGGCACUUUGUUCAGAAACAACUCGCCUGCUGAAAUUAAGCUGUCCAAGAGAUCGAUCAGAAUCAUCAAAAACACAAUUGAAGACUGGUCGUCGAUGUACAUAUCAGAGCUGAUAAUAGAGUUCAUGGGGGGAAUGCAGAAAGAAGAGAAAAGACUCUUCCUCCUGUGGAUCCUGGAAGACCUUGAGCACCAAAAAAUCACAGAAAUAUUUAUUAGAAUCGACAGCAUUGUUGACUGGACACUCAAGAUCAGCAUUAUAAAAAACAGCAAAUCACUGCAGAAGCUCAAAGACAACCAAUAA